UUAAAUAAAUCAUCACACAUGGCAUUCCAAUAAGACUAUGACUACUUGUUCAAGAUCCUCCUGAUCGGUAAUUCAGCCGUGGGCAAGAGCUCACUAUUGUUGCGAUUUUCGGAUUAGAUUUUUAGUGAGUCUUUCCUUCCUACAAUCGGUGUAGAUUUCAAAAUUCGUACAUUUGACAUGCAAGGAAAAUCAGUAAAGAUGUAAAUUUGGGAUACUGCAGGUCAAGAGAGAUUCAAAACUAUUACAGCAUCCUAUUAUAAGGGAGCUCAUGGAAUCAUUCUGACUUACGAUAUCACAGACAAAUAAAGUUUUAAGGACAUCGAGAAUUGGUUGGCAGAGGUUGAAAAACACGCUUCUGAGAAUGUGGUUAGAUUAUUGGUUGGAAACAAGGCUGAUUUGGAGAGCAAGAGACAAGUUACCUACGAAGAGGGCAAAGAGUUGGCUGAUAGUUUGGGCAUCAAGUUUAUCGAGGCUUCAGCCAAAGCAAACACCAAUGUCGACUAAGCCUUUAUGACUUUGGCCAAUAACAUCAAGGCCAAGAUUGGCAAGUCCGAGGACAAACCAACUCCUGGAGGAAAGACCCCAGCUGGCAAUUUGAAGAAUACAUCACCUGCAAAAAAGGAAGGAGGCUGCUGUUGAAAUUAAGAUAAAUUAUUAA